UGAUUCUGAUACGGUUCUUACCUGUGGGCAGAGGCCAACCUCUUCUGCUCUCUCUGUCUCUGCUGAAAUAUCUGACUCUGUCCCUCUGAUACUGUUCUUAGUCUUACCUUUUUUGCAGAGGCAAACUUCUGCUCUCUCUGCACUCUGCUGAAACAGCUGAAGUACCUGAGCAAAUCACACCUGCCAACCCAGGCAACCCCUUAGUUGUGAUUAUUGAACCUAUACCUGAUGAACAUCCUAUCACCAAAUUUCUAGCAAAUGAUUUAGCUCCUAGCAAAACCCCAGCCUGCCAGCCACAUCAUAUUUUGGAACCAUAGGGGUCAAGACUCAAAGGAGUCAAGAAAAAUGCUGGAAAAAAUCUUUUGAUAGUAACAAUGGACAACCAAGAUUCUAAAUGUAUCACUAAACUCCUCUCUACCAGUCUAAUUGGAUCUUGGAAGAUCAAAUGCCAACUCCCAGUCUCCCACUUAAUCACACUGUGUCAGCAGGAGUAUAUAAUAGGACCUUUUGGUGAUGAGACCUCGGAGGAAGAGCUCACUCAGGAGUUACAUCUGGCCGGAUACAAUGAUAGUGAUAUCACAAUGCCUUUUUUUCGGUUUGGAAAAAAAUCUGCUUACACUGGACUCAGGUUAUGGGACAUAAUCUUGAGGCUUCCCAGACUUGGUGUGGGCAGAAUUGUUCAACAAAAUCACCUGAAAGUAUUCUCUGAGCCGAGCCUCAUUAAGCUCAUGGAAGUGGAUGCAAACAUGGAUGAGUACCGGGAAGUGAGAGGAAAGGUUCUGGGUGAAAGGUGGUAUAGGGGACACUAUUGUGGCGUCGAGGACAUCACAUCGAUUGCCAAUCUUAAUAAUUAUUCAUUAGUUAUGAAAAUGGACGAAGAAAAACUCAUGGAGGAUCUCAAGACCUGCAAGAAACCUGACCCCAUCUUACUGCCUUCUACUGCUGCUUUCCCUCCAGUGUUCAAGAUGUUCUUGAAGCAACAGCACGACAUUACUGCCGAUCGCUACCCACUCGAAGUACCGUCAGAUUUACCUAACAACUUCUACGUACGGGUCGCGGAGGAUGGAGGGCAGCCCACGGUGCCGUUUGCUGAGGUGGAUGGUCUUGGCACCACCAGACAGCCUCACCUUUACGUAGAUCUUCCCCUCGACCGGGCGACAGUUCCGCCUCCCAAAGACUCUAUUUCGAUUCCUACCUUGGAACGUCCAAGACGUAUUGAACGGAUGUCUAAGCUACUGGCAGGUUGACUUCACUGUACAAAUAUUUAAAUAUAAAUUCGCUCCGCUUUGUA